CGUCUGGGCUAGAUUCGAAUUCCACGUUUCGGUUUCACACAGUAACUCUUUCAGUGUGCAAACUGCGGUCCCUGGAUGUCGGUCUUAACCUUGCCAGCCUCGAACUGAGCCAUGCCAUCACUUCAAGUAUUUCGCCGUGCGUACAUGCAAGGCUAUGGUUCAGAUCCAGGUCCUUGGCGUUAUCGUAUUUUCCCCGAACAUGAGCUACGCGCUCAGAUCCUGAAACGCUGCACAACUAAAAUCUCAAAUGACGGAUGCAGUCUUAGUGCCUUUUUCCAGCCUCACGUUGGUUCGGUUAACGAAGAUAGAUCUCUGAUCCUGGAUUUAAGCCUUCCAAAUGGUAUCUGGAGUUUGACCGCUGUCUUCGAUGGUCAUGGAGGGCACGAAACAGCUGACUAUCUUGUCGCUGAAUUACCCUCCUUUCUAAUAGCUGGAUUGUCGCCUACAGUGACCAACGUGGAAGGGCCAAUUUAUGACUUCGAUGAAGCAAUGAAACGAGAUCUCCUCGAAAUAUUCCCAGAAGGAAUCGAUGAGAUAGCUGCGAUGCCACAUGCCAUGAUCAAGGCGCGGGUCAACGACCAGUGCUCUGGAGGACUGAAUCAUACGAAAGCCCUGCGUUGCAUGAGGGGAUCUACGAUCAUAUUAGCGCUCCUUGACCCUACAAAGAAACAUCUUUGGGUGCUAAAUCUCGGCGAUGGCGUAGCGGUACUUGGAAGUAGACGAGACGCAAGUUCACCGUGGAAUACAUCCAUAUUGAGCGAUAAUCACAAUGGCAACAAUCCUUCUGAGGCCGAUCGCAUCAGACAGCAGCAUCCUGAUGAACCAGAAUGCAUUUUCGAUGAUAGAGUUCUCGGCAACAUUGCUGUCACGAGAGCUGUUGGCGACCACGCCUUCAAACUCCCUGCCGUCUACACCGAGAAAAUAUUUUUAAAUGUAGAACCGGGAUUUCGUGUCCCCGCUGCGAUCGAGUCAUUCAUUCCACGCAAUCUGAGCCCACCAUACGUCUCGAACCUUGCAAGCGUUCGUUACGUCAACCUUCAUGUGCAGUCAAGCUGUGACUACUUUAUCCUGAUGUGUUCUGAUGGGCUGGUUGACCUUUACAUGGAUGAUCCGGAUCGCGCGGAAUCCCUUACAUCUCUCGUCCAGAGGUGGGUGGAAAUAGUAGGUGGCGUUGUGAGAAACGACAUACAGGAGGCGAUGCUGCGCUUAUUAAGACACGCUUUGGGCGCAGAAGACAUCGACAGCGUCUCGCGUAUGCUUACCGUAGAGAUGCCUGUCACUUAUAUGGAUGACACGACUAUCGUCUUACAAGUCUUGUAGUAUCCAAUACGAAGGCUGGUGCAUGUAGGGGUAACAAAUGCGGAAUGUACAGAUGCCAAGUGCCAAAAAUGCUA